GUUUGCGGCACUUGCCAGCGCUCGUUCGCCCGAUUGGAACAUCUCAAGCGACACGAGCGCUCCCACACCAAGGAGAAACCCUUCGAGUGUCCCGAAUGCUCAAGACGCUUCGCCCGCAGCGAUCUGCUACUGCGCCACCGGCAGAAGCUGCAC